AAACCAUCCACCACCAUCCUGCGUCUUCAGAGCUAAAGUCGAGCAAGAAGGAGGGACUCGAACCAAGAUUUCCCCCUGAGUCAUUUUAAAAUAAUGUGGGUGGAUCUGUGAGAGGUUUAUAAAGAGGCUGGUACUGAUGACCUACAGAUGUGGGAAUAACUGGGGAGGAAUUUGGAGAAAAACGCUGCAGCUGUUUAAAGAAAAGUUCAGGAAGGUGUCCAAUUUUAUACAGAGAAGUGUUUUAAAAGAAGAAGAAGAAGAAGAAGAAGAAGAAGAAGAAGAAGAAGAAGAAGAAGAAGAAGAAGAAAACUGAUAUUUUUGAAUGCUUCUCUUCCAAAGAUAAGGAUCUUUACCGUGCCUCCAUGGAUCUCAGACAGUAUAUAAUCCUGUGCAUUUGUGCUGUAAAUGCACUUGUUGGGGGCUGUCCAGGACAAUGCCAGUGCAAAAACAACAUCACUCUGUGCAAAGGAUAUGAAAUUCAAGAUUUUCCUUCCCCCAUUCCCUUAAAUACAAGCUCUCUAAUUAUUUUCCAGACUAACAUCAAGUCACUGAAACCAGCUGAUUUUGAGACAUUUGCUGAGUCUCUUACAGUGUUGAAAGUCUCGGCUUCAAAGGUAACGGUGGUGCAACCUCAUACCUUUGACAAGACACUCCACCUAGCCAGUUUAACGCUUUCAGAAACUGAGCUAUCUUCUCUACCAAAGAACAUAUUUGCUCCUCUUCAAGUGUUGAAAUCAUUAGACCUUAAGAAAAACAUGCUGAUGACUAUUCCACCAAAGACAUUUCAGGGACUGAGUCUUUUGGAGAAACUCCUGUUGCAGGAAAACAACAUCAGGGACUUAUACCCAGAGAGCUUCCACGGACUUCACAAGCUCAAGGUCUUGACCCUUAAACAGAAUAAGCUGGAGGGGAUAUCAAGCAAUGUCUUUGACGAAAUGGUGAACCUUGAGUCUUUGCAUCUCCAGAACAAUGUCAUCCGAGACUUACCUUCAGGACUUUUCUCGCAUCAACAGAAGCUGCAAAAGCUCUACCUCUCUAACAAUAGGCUAUCUUAUCUUCCUGAAGGUAUCUUCUUGGACUUGCCGAAUCUACAGCAGAUCUCACUUUACGACAACCAGCUGCAGACGCUCUCUCCCAACAUCUUCGGCCCUAUGCCCCUGCUCCAAGAACUGUGGCUUUAUGACAACAAGUUAAUUCAUCUUGAUAAAAACGUGUUCAGCAAUUUAACUCAUUUAAAUCUUCUGGUGGUCAGCAGGAACCAGAUCUCAUACAUCUCUCCUGGUGCCUUCAAUGGAUUGACUAAGCUGGAAGAGAUCUCUUUGCAGUCCAACCUCCUGACGACCCUCGAUGAAGAAGUGUUCAGAGGUCUCCAUAAUUUGGCUAACAUAUCUCUGAGAAACAACCAGAUUGAUAACCUUCCUGGGAAGCUUCUCCUUGAUCUCUCUUCCUUACAUCAGCUGGAGCUUCAAAAUAAUUCUCUAAUGCAUUUACCCGAGGAACUUGUACGCUCACUAACCAAGGCUACCAAUGUAGUGAUGUCUGAAAACCCCUGGAAGUGUGACUGUAGCAUCUUACCGCUUCGAGACUGGCUAUUGAUGUACUCUAAUAAAGUAACCAACAGCAUGUCCAUCAAGUGCUCAAGUCCAGCAUUGUUGGUGAACAUGAGUAUUAUAAACCUUACAAAUGAUACCUUUGACACAUUUACUGAGUCCACCACUUCAGGUGCUUCGACAAUUCUUCCCACGGCUAACAACACAUCAGUCUCAGAAAAAGAAGACCGCACCGACGAUCGAUGGAACAUACACAUGAUUGUUAUAGCUGUGGUUUGCUCUGCAGUUAUUGUGACUAUCUGCAUCUGCGUCGUCUGCUGGAGGAGAAGCAACCGACGGGGCAGUCAAAACAUAGAACACUAACCUUUUAAAAUAUCUUGUUUAUCAAUAACAAUGUUUAUCACAAUCCACAUGUGAAUACUGAAUGACCCUGUGGAAGCCCCGCCCCUUUCCACCAGCUUUCAUCACAUUAUUUCUUCAUGUCUCGAUUUUUUUUUCUUGCAGCAUUCUUGUUUAUUGUCAAGCCUGAAGGAGCAAAUGACAAGUUUUGAUUUCAUUAGUGUGUCAUUUUAAAGCCAGCUAACUUUAGACCUUAGAAUUGAAUAUUUCUAUUUAUUUAUAUAAUAUUUUGGACCAGAAAAGAACGAAUAUGUCGACGAUGAAUGACGUAAAACACAUUACAAAUCAUUUUUAUGGUACUGCUGAUCACAAAGAUGGGCAAGCUUGUCAUGAUAGAUAAUGGAGAGUGUGUGUGUGUGUGUGUAUGUUCAAUGCAAUCCAAUUCAAUUCAUGGUCUCAAAAGGAGCUUUACAGAAAUUCAAAUUAAGAAUGACAAAGUUUGACACUUCAAUUUAUAUUUAUCCCUAAUAAACAAGCCAGAGGUGUAACGAACUAUACAUUAUUAAACCUGUUAUAUAGACCAACAGUAAUAAAGCUCUGCAGGAAUUAAUCUCAAAACACGGAAAUGAGUCCACAUUUUUGCAAUUCCGGUUCCAUCAUCGCAAAGUCAAUGAUUUUUUUUUUCUUUGGUUAAAUGCCCAAAGAAUUCAGGGUCCACCGAACUGCCACUGAUCCCUGGUCCCUGAUCAAAGCCCACAACCUUCAGUUGCUUAAAAUGAGAUAAAAUGUAAGUUGUUCUGAAUAAGAAUGUUUGCUAAAUGCUUGAAAUAUAAAUGUUUUUUACUCUUUUAAACGUCUUGACAAAGGUGGUUGUGUUGGGGACAAGUGGUUGAAUUGUACUAUAGAUGAUGUCGGAGGUGUUAAACAUCAUCUAGUACUACAGUCUGGAUGAAUUUAUACUAAUUACACACUGCACAUGGUCAUUCAUUUGGAUUCAUCCACAGAAAGAACAAUGUGUGUGUGUGUGUGUGUGUGUGUGUGUGUGUGUGUGCAUUUUAUUCUGUUUUUAAUUAAAGAUUGAAAGAGUCAGUGGGGGUGAUGUUGAAGUCCUGUGACUGACUGUGAUCCAGUAAAUUUAUAGUUUUUAUAAACUUGAGCUUUUUUUGUGUGUAUUUAGGCUUCUGUAUUGAUUACGUUGUGUUAGUUUGUGAAAAAUCCUACUGGGAAUCAGUGAUGAUCUAAAAUACAUCCUUUAUGCAGCACUCUGUUAUUUGCGGUAUUAUUAUUAAUUUCUUUCUCUGUUUGGCUGUAAAACAAUAAACAUAAAAUGUUAAAGAAAUUGGAGCGUUUGGUUGAAUAUAGAUUGUAGAUUUUUAUGUCCUUCCUGUUUGCUUUGUGCUAUUCAGUAAAAGCCAGAAAAGCUUUAUCCUAACAA